AUGGCUACCUGGCUUUCUCCAUGCGCCUUAUCCUUACUUUUACUGCAACUUUCUCUCCAACUAUCUCCAUUGCAUGCCACCGAUUCCCUCACUGCGAAUCAGCAGCUCUCCGGUGACCAGAAGCUUAUCUCUCAGAACGGCAAUUUUGCAUUGGGAUUCUUCCAACCUGCAGCUGAAACAUCAAGUGGCAAGUGGUACAUAGCCAUCUGGUACAAUAAAAUCCCAGAACAGACUAUAGUGUGGGUGGCAAACAGAGAGAAACCAGUCUUUGAUACACUCCUAUCAAGACUAACUGUCUCAGAUGAUGGCAAUUUGGUUCUUCUACUAAACCAUUCUAAAUCUCCCCUCUGGUCUACCAAUAUCAAGAACAACACAGCUGCUAGUUCCACAGUGGUUGUGCUCCUCGGCAAUGGGAACCUUGUAGUCCGACAUGAGGCUAAUACCUCUGCUGUGUUAUGGCAAAGUUUUGAUGAUUUCACAGACACAUGGCUCCCAGGAAACAAGCUCAGUCGUAACAAGAAAACUGGCAUCAUCAAACGGAUGAUCUCUUGGAAAGACCGUGGUGACCCAGCUCAGGGGAUGUUCUCCAUUCAGUUAGAUCCUAAUGGCUCACCGCAACAUAUUCUGCAAUGGAAUAGAUCAGUGGUGUACUGGACUACUGGCAACUGGACUGAUAAUGGAUUCAGUGGUGUGCCGGAGAUGUCACCUCUCAAUCCCUAUCCCAGCUCAAGGUUUAUGUUCCAGUUUGUUGACAAUGAUGAGGAGGCAUAUUUCACAUACAAUAUUAAGGAUGAUGCGCUAAUAUUCACAAGAACUAUUAUUGAUGUGUCAGGUCUGUUUCAGACUUUGAGCACAUGUAGUGAGAAUGAUGCGUCACCAUGCAGUUGCCUCAAGGGCUUCAGUGAGAAUCACCCAAACAACUGGAAACUAGAUGACCGGACAGCAGGCUGUAGGAGAAACAUCCCACUGCAGUGUGGCAACAAUGGCUCAGUGAAGGUGAAGCAAGAUAGAUUUUAUGCUAUUAAUAGUGUGAAGUUGCCAGAUGACGCACACAACAUAGAUGCAACCAGUGUUCAAGACUGUGAAUUAAUGUGCCUGAAAAACUGCUCCUGCACAGCUUACUCUCAUAGUGGCACUUGCUUGGUUUGGUACAACCAUUUGAUGAAUCUACAAGACAAUAUUGAUGGAUCAAGUGAUAGUAUCUUUAUUAGAGUGGCUGCAUCAGAACUACCCAACUCAGGAAACAAUAAGUUGUUGUUUAUUGGGAUAAUCAUUGGUGGAAUUUUUGCUGUAAGUUCUGGAUUGGCCAUUUUAUAUUUUCUUCAUAGAAGAACAACAACAAUAGAUGGUUUAAAUCAUGGUGACGAAUCUUUGAUCAGAUUCAAAUACAGUGAUUUGCAACGCCUAACUAGGAGCUUCUCAGAGCAGUUAGGUGCAGGGUCUUUCGGCUCUGUGUUCAAAGGGGCUGAAUCAGACGGCACUACAGUGGCAGUAAAAAAGCUCGAGGGCUUUCAGCAAGGGGACAAGCAAUUCAGGGCAGAGGUGAGCACCAUAGGAAAUAUUCAUCACAUGAACUUGAUUCGGCUGCUUGGGUUUUGUUCUGAAGGAGUGAAGAGAUUGCUUGUCUAUGAGUAUAUGCCUAAUGGUUCCCUCGAUAAACAUUUGUUUGGUAGUAGCUGUACCACUUUAAGUUGGAAAAUAAGAUAUCAAAUAGCUGUAGGGAUUGCCAAGGGUUUGGCUUAUCUGCAUGAGGAGUGCCGGGAUUGCAUCAUACACUGCGAUAUCAAACCACAAAAUAUAUUGUUGGAUGCUUCAUUUGUUCCAAAAUUGGCAGACUUUGGAUUGGCGAAGUUAUUUGGCCGAGAUUUUAGCAGAGUUCUAACAUCUAUGAGAGGAACCGUUGGAUAUCUCGCACCAGAAUGGAUAAGUGGUGAAGCCAUCACAACAAAGGCAGAUGUUUUCAGCUACGGAAUGAUGCUUUUCGAGAUCAUUUCAGGAAGGAGGAAUCUGGAGCACAAAGACACAAGCAUGGCAACAUUUUUUCCAGUGUUGGUUGCGAGAAAGCUUCAUGAAGGAGAAGUACAGUCACUGUUGAGCAAAGAAUUGGUCAAUGGUGUAAAUGAAAGGGAGCUAGAAAGAGCAUGCAAGGUUGCUUGCUGGUGCGUUCAUGGUAAUGAAAGCUCCAGACCAACAAUGGGGGAAGUUGUCAAAAUUCUGGAAGGGGUGAUAGAUGUUGAAAUGCCACCAGUUCCAAGAUACCUUGAAGUUCUUUCUGAAGGUUCAGAGAAUGUGAAGUUCUUUUCCUAA